AUGGAAGGGCUACCUCCGCUUGUUCUUGCCUCCCAAGAGCAGGGCGAAGUAGAAGAGGAUUCUGAAGAAGAACCCCCAUGCGACGGUGACCCAGAGGCAGUUCCACUUGCUGAGAUCGGUGACCCCUUGCUGGAGGAGGAUGUCAGGCCCAGUAGUGACACAGGUUUUGCUGGUGAUGUUCACCAUGAGAACCCUGCUCAUGGAAGCGAGCAUCCUCUUCUUCAUCGUUGUCGAAACCUCGCCGAGCGGCGAGUUGUCGAACAUCUGUAGUCCCCUGACGAAGCACCUCGAUGGGUCGUCGAACUCGUUGUGGAGCACCGCCUCGUAGGGGUACUUCACCAUGGAGAGAUAGUGGAACCAGACCCAGUAGGAAGGCAUCCUCUCCCUGGUUAUGAAGAAGCCGCUGAAGAGGAGGUAGUAGGCGAGAAUCGCCACCACAAUGGUGAAGCCCAUCAUCACGUCGGAGACGACCCCGGAGAGGAAGGUGACGAAGGAGUUCCCGGCCCAGAAGGAGGCCAAGAUGAUGAGGAAGUAGAAGAAGAACCCCGAGGCGCCGCCCGCUAAGCCCACGGCGAAGAAGGUGAUAGCGGCGAAGACGAUGGAGAGGAUGAUGAGGAAGGGUAUGGAGACGAGGGAGUUGGAGAGCACGUAGGAAGACCUGCGAUAGGCGUUGUAGGCCGUCUCCCUCAUGAAGAUGAAGCGUUCUUGGAGGAAGACUGGAAGAGCGUCUGCGCAGGUGUAGAAGGUGGAUGACAUGGCAAAGGCCAGGAAGCCCAGCCGCUCCUGGAUGCCCUUCGGGGACGCGUCGAGCCGCCAGAAAAUGGUGGCGAGGAUGAUCCCCGUCACCAUGACGGAGCCCAUGCGCAGCGCGAAGAGCUCCGGCAUGCGGCCGGUGUUGGUGAAGGACCGCUUCGCGAGCACCCACAUCUCGAUCCAGAAGGGGUUCACGAACGUUGGCACGGCGGCGGCGCCGCCGGCGCCGCCGCCGGAGACGAGCCUCCCCCGGGAGAUGCUCGCGUUGAUGGCGUCCUCGAGGGAGCAACCGGGCGCCGAUGGUUUGACUCUUUGCGGGUUCUUCCCCGCCUGCCGCGCGCGGUUGAACUCGACGAGCGGCUUGGCGGCGCCGCCGGGGGCGGAUAGCUCGAGACUGCGGAUCACGUCGAGGGCGAACUCGCAGCGGUUCUCGCUCUCCGGGAUGGGGCGGCCGAACUCGGCGAAGAAGGAGGGAAGCCCACCGGGGGAGCCGCUGUAGACGGUGUGGCCGCGGGAGAGGAAGAUGAGGCGGUCGAGGAGGCCGAUGAUGCGGGAACUCGGCUGGUGCACAGACAUGAUCACGACGCUUCCCCUCUGCGCGAUGCGCUGGAGCACCUUCACCACCAUGAAAGCGGAGGUGGAGUCGAGCCCCGAGGUGGGCUCAUCGAGGAAGAGGAGGAUGGGGUCGUGAACGAUGUCGAUGCCGAUGGAGACCCGCCGUCGCUCACCGCCGGAGACGCCGCGGUGGCCCUCGUCGCCGAUGAUGGUCUUGGCGGCGCCGCGCAGGCCCAGCUGGUCGAUGAGCGUCUCCACUCGGGCCCUCUUCUUCGACGUGGACAGCGUCCGGGGUAGCCGGAACUCGGCGGCGAACAUGAGCGUCUCCUCCACGGUGAGCAUGGGAAAGAGGAGAUCGUCCUGCAUGACGUAGGCGGAGAUGAUCUUGAGCAGGCGGCUCUCCAGGAGUUGGCCGUUUAGGGUUACGGUGCCCUUGAGGCUGCCCUUGGCAAUCCGGUUGGCCAGCGCAUCGAUCAGCGUCGACUUGCCGGAGCCGCUGGCCCCGAGGACGGCGAGGAUCUCCCCUUCCUUGGCCUCGCCGGAGAUGGCGUUGAGGAGAGUCUUGGUUCCGGGGUUCUCGCCCCCGGCGUCCGACUCCGGUGAGGGGGCGGCGAGUUGGUUUUGGUGCCGCCGCUUCAAGAAGGACAGCUUCUUGGGGAUCUUGAUGCUGUAGGUGAGCUCAGAGAAGGCGAGCACGAACGGUGGCGGCUUUUCCGGCGCCGCCGAGUCUCCGACGAGCUCAAGAACGUGACUGUUCGCGGACGGAUUCACGUCCCACGUCUGUUCUCCUCCAUUCUCUUCUCGGGCCUCCUCCAUGCGCCUGAAGAGCUGCCCCAGCGACGACGACUGCGAGAGCUCCCUCUUACCCAUGGCGAUGCCGUUUUCUUGACCCAUGGCGGAGGAAGAGGAAGAGGACGAGGUGGUGUUCUCGUAGUAGGACAGCUUCUUCAGGUUCCCCGCCAUCAACACCCCGCUGCCCUAUUAUAUAUCUCGACUGAAGAGGAUGUAUCCGUCACGGUUAAAGAAAAAGACACUUAG